UGCUUUAGAAAAUAGGUCGUGAGUUUUUAGCUUUGGUUUUAAUUUUUUUUUUUGCUGUAAAUUUAUUUUCAAAACACUUACUAAAAGCUGUAGGAAAGUUGAUUUUGAGAGCUAACAUAUUUUUUUUUCUAACUUUUUUUUGCUAUAGUUUUAUUUUUUGUAAGUAAAGAAUGAUUGCUUUAAAAAUUGCUUUAGAAAAAAAAAAUGACCGUCCAAGACACGUACAACCACUACCAAUCAAUCCCCAAAUUUUUAUGAAAUGAAAAACAUUAUUCAAUUAAAACAAAACCAAAAUCUAAAAACUUCAACCGCCACAUUCAAUCUUCGACCUUCAUAUAAUAGAUAAUUAUUUUAGAUAUUCAAUAAUAUCUUAGUGUCUUUUGGAUACAUAUUAGGAAUUGAGAUCACGUUUGGUACAAGUUCUUUUUUGGGAUUUUGAUUGUUUCGAGUUCUGUCGAAUAUCCAUUUAGGUUCGGUUCGGAUAAUACUCAUAACCCGAAAUACCAUAAAACAAAAAUCAGUCGGUAUUUAUGUCGGGUUCAGAUCGGAUCAAAUUCAGAUUCAUUUUUAUGGAAGGUUCAGGUUUUUUGGGUUCUAAUUAUUUGCCCAGCUAUACGAGACACUAUAAUAACUAAGGAGGUUACAAUAGCCAAUUAGUAAAUUUUUGCGCACACUAAAUAUUAGAAAAAAUUACCUUUUUUGCAAAAGAUAUUAGAGCAUCUCUGAUGACACACUAUUUUUUUAACGUAACUACUUUAUAAAUUACUCUAUGUUAGUAUAAAUAGAGAGGAAAAUAUAGUUUACAUGAAGGUUUCCCCAAAGAAAAGGAAAAACACAGAUAAUUUCUUGUUUUCGAACGAACUACAAAACCAUCUCUUCAGGUUUCUGAUCAGAUUAGGGUUUUCUUAAGUACUCGAUUUCUUGGGGACUUUUGUUGAUCAGUUCUCUAAUUAUAUUAUAUACUUAGAAGUUUUAAAUCAGUCCAUCAGAGAAACCAUGUCUGUUGUCAAUAAUCUUUCUCUGGAACAGAUAGCCAAAAAGCAGAGGAUCGAACCGGUCACCAACGAGUCUUCUUCUUCUAGUAGAUGUGGUCACUGGUUCCUUCGUUACGGGGAAUGCACCACCUGCAAAUCAACUGUUCACAAAAACCAAGGCCGAGUGUUCGAUUAUCUUUCCGACGGUUUACAGCUAAGCCACGAGGCUGUAGCUGCAACGAAGCGCUUCACCACAUCAGUCUCCUGUUCCAACGAUAAAAAACUUCACUUAGUACUUGACUUGGACCACACGCUUCUCCACACCACUCCUCUUCUACGCCUCACCGAAGCAGAGAAGUAUCUGAUCAAAGAAGCGGAUUCUAUUACAAGGCACGAUCUGUGGGAGUGGACAACCGGAGGUGAUGAUCCCGUGGUAUCUUUGACGAAGCUACGGCCUUUUGUUUGCGGUUUCUUGGAAGAAGCCAACAAGAUGUUUACGAUGUGUGUUUACACAAAGGGUAUUCGUGAUUACGCUAACCUCAUCUUGGACGUGAUUGAUCCGAAGAGAAUCUAUUUUGGGGACAGGGUGAUAACGAGGGAGGAGAGUCCUGAUGGGAAGACGCUUGAUUUGGUUUUGGCUCAUGAACGUGGAACGUUGAUUGUGGAUGAUACACGUGAUGUAUGGCCCGAUCACAAGAGUAACUUGAUUGUGAUUAACAAAUACAACUACUUCAGAAGAAUGAGCAACGGCCAAUACUCAAAGCCAUACUCUGAGGAGAAGACUGACGAGAGUGAAAAGGACGGUGGGUUGGCCAAUGUUUUGAAGUUACUCAAAGAAGUUCACAGUGCAUUCUUCAGUGUCGCAGAAGAAAAGGAAUUGGAGUCAAAAGACGUGAGGUUGCUCCUACAAGAAAUAGAAUCCAAUCGUGUCGACAAAGAAUCUUUUACUCUGUAGAAACUUUAUAUUAUAAGCAUUGUAACUUUCAUAUAUAAGGAGAGGUAUUAAGUACCUUUGAAAAGUUAUUUUGAAACACAAUACUGUAAAGCAUAUUUUCAUAUGGUAUUGACUUCCUAACUUGUCAACAAACAGUCUGUUAUGCUGAUGUAAAUUCAUUUAAGCAUCAAUCAAAAGCUUGUUAUCUGGUUAAUGUGUAAGAAGUAUAAAGUAUCUUUACAAAGUUACUAGAUGAUAAUCCGCGCAAGGCGGAAUAUUUUUUUUAAAAUAUAUUAUAUUUAAAUAUAAUAAACAAUAUAUAUUUUGUUAUCAAUAACUUUUUUUACAUUUGAUUAGAGGUGGACAUUCGAUUACCAUUUGGCUCGAUUCGGAUCCUUCAGGGUUUGGUUCGGUUCGGAUCUUUGCGGGUUUGGUUAGUGUUUGGGUUUGGAUAACCUAUUUAAUUUUUUUUGAAAAAUUAAAGUUCAUAUAUACUUUAACUUU